AUGCGACAUUUCCAGAAACAAGACCAAGGCCGACGAUACCCAGCGAGUCAUGGCGCGUCUGACACUGAAAUCCUUACGACUUCACGCUGGAUGCCGGCGGAGCAGCGCCCAAAGGGGCAACGGCCCAGAAGCGCCAAGACUCCCGCGGGCGGCGCCAAGAAGCCUCUCAACCCUAACAAUCUCUGGCAUCGCCGCCGGAUGACCACUCUCCUUCGCUCUCCCCCAGGCUCGCGUGGCGCAACGGCAUGCCAUCUUCCAAUUGCUGCCCUUGCUGCCCAUUCCAGACUCUGGAGGAAAGCCGUCGGGGCCCGAACCAAGCGAUCCCACUGUAACCUCAGCCUCUGUGCACCGUUCUUAGUGGCCCGAAAAGGGUUCAACCAUGACAUUGGUUCUGAUCGUGCUCCAGCUGGAGAGCCUGCAGGGGGGUCGGGGAGAGGUCGAUGGGCCAAGCCCGUUAUCUUGAUGGCAAACUGGCCCGACAAUAAGUAA